UUUGUGGUUCGUGUCACAAAACAUCUACAUUCGUCCCUGACAUCUCUUAUCCCUUAUCCAAAAUCCAAAUAAAAAUAAUAAUUGUCAAAUCAAAUUUUAGGUUAUAUUUGUGUGCCGUUUCACCUGUUUGAUCAAACUCUAACAACAAAGAUUAUUUCGCAUUUAUUAUUCCAUCAUGAGUCGAAAAGAGGCGUUAUCUACUUUCAUUCAACAAAUCCAUGCUCGACCAGUAGUUGUUAAGUUAAACAGUGGUGUGGAUUAUAGAGGCGUGCUUGCGUGUCUUGAUGGCUAUAUGAACAUUGCUUUGGAGCAGACUGAAGAGUAUGUAAAUGGACAACUGAAAAAUAAGUUUGGAGAUGCUUUCAUCAGGGGAAAUAAUGUUCUUUAUAUAAGUACGCAGAAGAGACGUUAUUGAAUCCUUGAAACUUAUAGUUACGAUCUAAUUAAGAAUUUAGGAUGUAAGCUGCUACACAAGUCGAUACAACAAGAAUAAACAUUUAAUAAAGUCUGCUGUAGUAUAUGUAUAUAGUCUGGCCCACUCUGCUUUAAUAUAUUUUUUAGUGUA